CUGCAUGCUUAUUAAAGUCCCAAGUUAAAGUUAUAUAACAUUGGCUUUUUAAAUACUAUCACAGACUUGGCACCGUUCAUUUCUCACUUUAACUUUGUCUAGCAAGGGUAGCGAUUCUACAUGUGUGCAUACAUACAUAUGUGCCUCUAAACCUGUGUAGCUUCAAAUACUAACGAUCGAUCAAGAAUUAUUCUGAAAUGGAUUUGGAACCAGGGAAAGGUCGACGGAAAGGUUGCAUUUCCCAACCACCUCAUCUCGCCGUUAUUUUACCAGAGAUCCUCACCAUAAUAAUGUCCUACGUCCCAACACGCCAUCUCCUUUCCAGCGUCACCUUCGUUUCCCGCGGGUGGGAAGAAGCCGCUCGAGAACACCUCGCUUCCCGCUCCCUCGUCGAACUCACCCCGUCCAACAUGUCCAACUAUCUGGACCGACCGACCCACGCCCGUCCCCACAAACGUGUCCUCCUCUAUAACUUCGCCAUCCAACACAUGUCCCCCGAGGUAACCAACCUUCUCCAACGAUUCAUUUCAUCCCCCGCCGCGACCGCCCGCAUCACCGACCUCCUCCUGGACUACUUCCCCCACGGAGUGGAUCCCAUUCUCGCCCAAAUUAUCGCCUUAUUCUCAACUUGCCCCUCCUUAACCUGUGUUCGAUUCACCCCACAAAAAUUUACCCACGAAAUGUUCCAACCUUCCGGCAUGCUCCCAACCCUUGUUAAAUUUCCGAACAUUACCAAACUCGGGAUUUACCUUCCACCAAAGCUUUAUUCUGGUGAAACGUCGUUUAACGUGAUGCGUACCGUAAGCCAGGAAACUAUCCUCGGAAUCGUGGCAUUAUUCCCAAAUGUACAAAUUUUACGGUGUGCCUCACUUCCGCUGGAUAUAGUGGAAUAUUUCCUCUCCAGAAAUUUAUCCAUUUCGGAAAUCUCAGUCAGAUUGGAUCGGUCAAUUAGACAGAGACCAAUUUCGAUCCCAACGCCAUCCGUUUUUCUGACCCGGGUAGAAUUUCAAAUCGAUAUUUUUAACCGGUCGAUCGACCACUACGUAAUUUUGGCCACGUUUGCGGGAACAUUGGAAAAAUUGAAAAUUUUCGGGGUGAAUGUCGUCUCGCCGAAAUAUUAUAAGUUUUUGUAACACGACAAUCAGGCUGCCAGACGUUUUGCCGAAAUUGAUAUGGUUAGAAAUUUCGAUUAGUCCGUACCAUUUUCAGUUUAAAAGAGAUGCCCCCAAAGUGAUUGCGCUUAAUGUGAAGUUUUCCAAGUCAGGCGGGCUUGUCGAGUAUGGCAAGCAAUUUCCGGUUUUGGAAAAAAUUGUAGUUUCAAAAGUAAAUCAUUAUUAUAGCAGGUUAAAGAAGAAGGAAUGGUUUGAAGUUUCGGUGGCAUUUUUAUACAAAUAUUUCCUGCAUGGAGAAUCCGUCACGGUGCGAGAUGUGCACGUGCAGCUGCCUCCAAGGAAUAUGAAGAGGUUUACAAUGCUCACAGAAUUUUCUAAUUGUAAGGACAAAUGCGUUGAGAAAAGGGUAAAGUGUUCCAAGUUUUUUAAAAGAAUGCGGAAAACGUUUCCUAAUUUGAGGAAAAAUUUGGAAAAUAUUUAAGAAAAUUUAUGAAUGUACAUAUUUAUGUCACAGGAGAGCAGAUGGACGGAAUUAAAUAAUCGCGUGAAGUAAAUUUCGUGUCAGUCCCUGAGUAUUUUAGGAAGUUAAUUGUUAAUGGGAACUGCCCCAUGUUUGUUAAGAAAAUGUGGUUAAUUUAGAAUAGACAUGCUUAAACAGUCUAAUUUUUGGUUUGUUGCAAAAAUACAUAUGUGACUACAUUUAAUUAUUAAUUAAAAGGAUUUUGAAAAUUAUUGACACAUGCAUACAUAACCUAA